CUCCUCUUCAUCUCUCUCUAUCUCGUGUGCUGUGAUUCUUGAAUGGAGCGCGAGGGUAUAGCAGAAGAAGAGAGGCGGAAGGUUGUCGAAGUGGACUCGCCUGACGGAUAUGAUCGCCAGGAUCAGGAUCAAGACAAUGAUCGUGCAGAGGGAGAGGAGGAGUCAAGGAACAUCAAGAAACUCGAUUCGUUCGACGUAGAGAUCGCCCGAUUCAAGUCGGAAUAUGGCCAUUCAUCAAAACAGAAAUUGCCAUGGGUGAUGAUACUGAAGUUUGCUAUUCAGAGCAUUGGGGUGGUGUAUGGCGAUUUAGGCACGUCGCCUCUCUAUGUCAUGCCAGGAAUUUUUCCUCACGGUAUAAAACAUGAGGACGAUAUUCUCGGAGCGCUAUCUUUGAUUUUCUACUCGAUCAUCCUCAUUUUCUUGGUCAAAUAUGUCUUCAUUGUUCUAUCGGCGAAUGACGAUGGUGAUGGAGGGACAUUUGCUUUGUACUCUCUAAUGUGCCGUAAUGCCAAGGUGAGCUUGACCCCUAACCAACAAGCCGAAGACAAGGAAGUCUCAAAUUACCGACUUGAGGUGCCGAGCCGCCGCUUCCGGCGGGCCUCCACCAUGAAAUCAUUUCUCGAGAAUAGCGAAGCAGCCAAGUACUUGCUCUUAUUUGUAACUAUUUUGGGCACCGCCAUGGUCAUUGGAGAUGGAAUUCUUACACCAUGCAUAUCCGUAUUGUCGGCUGUUGGGGGAAUACAAGAAGCUGCAAGUUCACUUGGAGAAAAUCAAAUCAUGUGGAUAUCUGUGGUGAUCUUGAUCCUUCUGUUUCAAGUCCAAAGGUUUGGGACUCACAAAGUUGGAUAUAGUUUUGCCCCAAUUCUCUCUAUAUGGUUCCUUGGUAUCGGUCUAAUUGGCAUCUAUAAUAUCGCGAAACAUGACUCGGGAGUGAUGAAAGCCGUCAAUCCGCUCUACAUCGUCCAUUACUUCAUGAGAAACAAAAAGGAAGCAUGGAUUUCUCUUGGAGGGGUGAUUCUUUGCCUCACUGGUUCUGAAGCAUUGUUUGCUGAUCUGGGGCACUUUAAUAUCCUCUCAAUUCAAUUGAGUUCAUGCCUAGUUGUCCUUCCUUCAAUCAUCCUCGCCUACUUUGGUCAAGCGGCAUAUCUCCGAAAGCACAGCGAAAAUGUUGCUAACACUUUCUACAGCUCACUACCGAAAUCGGUGUAUUGGCCAAUGUUUGUGAUUGCGGUGUUGGCGGCGAUAAUAGCAAGUCAAGCCAUGAUAUCAGCCACGUUUGCCAUAGUUAAGCAGUCAGUCGCGCUCGGGUGCUUCCCAAACGUGAAGGUCGUGCACACUUCGCAAAAGCACGAGGGUCAGAUUUACGUACCUGAGGUCAACACACUCCUCAUGUUGGCCUGUGUUGGAGUCACUCUUGGCUUCAAAACCACAUUGAAGUUGGGCAAUGCUUAUGGAAUUGCGGUAGCAUUUGUUUUCGCUAUCACGUCCACAUUCCUCGUUAUCGUGAUGCCUUCAAUUUGGAAGACCAACAUACUCCUCGUUAUCCUCUAUGUCCUCACCAUCGGGCUCGUAGAGUGCGUGUUUCUAAGCUCAGUCCUCUACAAAUUCUUGGAUGGGGGUUACGUCCCACUCCUCUUCGCUGCCGUGAUGAUGACCAUUAUGUUGCUAUGGAAUUACGGAUAUCGAAAGAAGUAUCAGUUUGAGGUUGAGAACAAGGUAUCAAGAGAAGCACUUGUCACGAUCAUGUCAAACACGAUCCACCGGGCCCCCGGGGUCGCCCUAUUCUACACCGAGCUUGUCCAUGGCAUUUCCCCAAUAUUCACUCAAUAUGUCGCCAAUGUACCGGCAUUGCACUCAGUCCUUGUCUUCGUCUCAAUCAAGUGACUACCCAUAAGCAACGUGCUCCUCGGGGAGCGGUUCUUCUUUCGACGGGUGGAGCCGCAGGUGUCGGGCAUGUACCGGUGCGUUGUGAGAUACGGAUAUCGAGAUGCAAAAAUAGAGCCACAAUUCUUCGAGAAGGUCUUGAUUGACCAAUGGGAGGAUUUCAUUCAAAACAACGCACCCUACGCCGACGAGCGAGGUGAGGCCAGUGACCAUGGAAUCGCAAUGAUCAAUGAAGAGGGAGUGCAAAGAGAGAUUGGAUUGGUGGAUGAAGCAAUCAAGAUUGGAGGGAUCAUGUAUCUAAUGGGACAGAGUGAGGUGAAAGCUUCGAGGGGUUCAGGCUUUGCUAAAAGGUUUGCAAUCAAUUGCUUGUACAACUGGUUGAAGAGGUGCGUGAGGCAGCCAGAGGACGUGUUCAACGUUCCCCACAAGAGGCUGCUCAAAGUAGGGAUCACUUAUGAAAUCUAA